CAUGAAAUCCCCCUUAAUUUAAUGCCCUUCGCCGUGAAAUCGACCGGUAAAACUGGAGAGGUGGGUUCGGUCUCGGAGUUGAUCUGGGAUUUUUGUCGCACCGGUUUCCCGCUCAGAAAAAGUCUUCUCUGUUCGAUAUCUCAAGGGGUUGGAGGGUUUACGUGAUGGAUGAGCACUGGACAUGAUCCUGAAGCUUCAGACAGAAUGAUUGUCGUGUCACUGCCUGUUCCCCAUCUCUGAGUUCCAGGGACUCGGCAACAACGAAAAGGCAGCAAAGAACAGACGCAUAUGCUGCUGUUGUAAGUGACUGAAACAUAAGGUCUUGUUCUCUGUUCCUGGAGUUUACCAUAGAUGCUGAUAUACAAGUUUAAGGUUGUUUCCUGAUCUGAUGUUUAAGGUAAUAAUGGAGAGGUAUUUCUCUCUACUCAAUGUUGAGGAACCCAAACCUUGCUUCCCAAAAGUCAAGAACUUCCAGAGAAAAUCAAGAAGGGAAAGGCGGUUUUCUCAUACAGUUGUCGAGGUUUUCCGUUUGUUGAUUGUUUGAUGUCAAUCUGUUGAAGAAGACAAGACAUCAAAUAUUCACCUCCAAACACAUGUUUUCUUCUGUUUUGUAAUAAGUCGAGUCGAAGACCACAGUGUAAAAAGUGUGAAGGAGAAUGACACACGUGUGCACUCCACACCCAAAGGAAAGGCCAACACAAAGUGGAUAAAAGAAAUAGGGAUCAAUAUCUUCCACAAGUGGAAGCCCAUCUGAUCUAAAUACUCUCCUCUCACAAUUUGAAGUCCCUUUCCGGUCUCCAUUUUUCACUCUGCUAGCCGGUUGUUCUUGCCAACAAUGGCUUUCUCUUCUCUCUCUCCUCUGCCCACGAAGCCACUCAACCAUUUUCCAUCAUCAUCAUCAUCAUCUUCUACUUUUUCUCCAAAGUUUCUGACCCAUUUUCAGAGACACCCAUUAACGCGCUUGCGUGUAUUUUCCCGUUCAAACCCAGAAACCCACGAUUCAAUUCCAAGGGAAGGCUGCUGUUCAAACACAGAGUCGAAGACGACGUGGAAAAAGCUAGUGUCCGCAGCAAUGGCGGCUGCAAUUGUCGGGCUGAGCUCCGGUAUUCCUGCCAUGGCUGAGCUUAACAAGUACGAGGCCGAGACACGUGGUGAGUUCGGGAUCGGUUCGGCUGCUCAGUUCGGUUCUGCCGACCUCAGGAAAGCAGUACAUGUCAACGAAAAUUUCAGAAGAGCAAACUUCACUUCGGCCGACAUGAGAGAGUCUGAUUUCAGUGGUUCAACCUUUAAUGGCGCCUACCUUGAGAAAGCAGUUGCAUACAGAGCAAACUUCACCGGUGCUGAUCUGAGCGAUACAUUGAUGGACCGCAUGGUGCUCAACGAGGCGAAUCUAACGGAUGCGGUGCUCGUUAGAUCCGUCCUAACGCGUAGCGAUCUCGGUGGUGCGAAGAUCGAAGGAGCGGAUUUCAGUGACGCCGUGAUCGAUCUUCCUCAAAAACAGGCGCUGUGUAAAUACGCGAGCGGGACAAAUCCGGUGACGGGAGUGAGCACGAGGAAGAGCCUCGGCUGCGGAAACAGCCGGAGAAACGCAUACGGCUCGCCCUCUUCCCCUCUCCUCAGUGCGCCGCCGCAACGUUUGCUUGGCCGCGAUGGCUACUGCGACGAUGCCACCGGUCUCUGCGACGCCAACUGAUUCAAAUUAUAUAUAUAUAGAGAGAGACUUUGUAUUAUGAUAUCUUAUUACAUAUAAGUUGGAUUUUGUAUUAAUGCAUUUGAUAUGAUGCGUCAUGUGUGCAUGUUACUUGUUCUGAUGCCCUUUCGUAUUGUAUGUUGAAACGGAUACACUGAAGAAUUGCAUUACAUGCAUUUACUAAUAUUCAGAAA